AUGGCGGUGUGCGUGGAGGAACGUUCUGACGGGGAGGCAGCCACGAUCCGAAUCGCAUCGAACACUAGGGAUCUUACUACUUUGACAAGCGGGAUGAGGAGGCUCGCCGAUGUACUAGAACAGGCAGCACGGCGAGAGAAUAUACGCGCGGAAGAUCAAAGGGCUUUUUUUGAACAGGUCGUGUCGUUAGAUACGCCUCGAAUCCUAUCACGAUUGCGAUCGCAGCAUGCGAAGUCUUCUCGAAAAACAGCUGGAAAGCCGGCAAUUAUUAGGCAAUUAGGCGAGAUUCUUCGCAACACAUCCGUAAGGACACGACCAGGGCUCCCGCAGCCAAACCUAAGCGCUAUGAUAGGUCAGGCAGAAGCUCUCAAAGCUGUAUUUGCGCGACUUUGUUCUAAUGCACUUGAACUGCGGAAGGAUCGAUCACACUGUUGGCAGUAG